GAAAGUCAUCAAAUCCCCUGGAGGAUAGCAGCCCAGAUUGGGCACCUAGCCAGCAUCUAGGUUAUGGUGGUGAUGACAGAGGUGCACUAAAGAGGACUGAACUAUAUGAACACACAAAGCGGCGCAGGAGACAAGUGAUCACCACCACUGCAAGUGAGCCGUCCUCUCUGCUGUGGCUGAUACAUCCGUGCCACAUUCUACAAUGGAUCUUGCAGCUGAGUGUGGACCAACCCUACCUAGUGGCUCACUGGACGAGGGGCUCUACGAAGAUGCAACUGUCCAGACAGAGCUGACCAUGGCAGACUUGCAAACAAUCCAGGCGGAAAAUGAAAGGCUGACCUGCAGCCUCCCCAGUGUAGUGCAGCAAAAAGAGCAUUUAAAAACUGUGUCACAAACACUGGACACCGACAACCAGAGGUUGGCUGAGGAACUGCGCCUGCUUGCCGCAGAGAAAGAAGAGUUAGAAAUAACAGAGGCAUCACUUCGGCAAGAUAAUGCCAAAGUUCUUUUUUAUACAGGGAUAGCUAACUUUGCCCUCCUUUGUGCGAUUUUUCAGCUGGUUGAAGUUGCUGUCAAGCACACGCCUCAGAAUGGCCUGGCAAAAUUCCGGGAAUUUGUUGUUUUUCUGAUGAAGCUAAAAUGGAACUUCCCUCUCCAGGAUCUUGCUUACAGGUUUGGAAUCUCGCACUCCUCUGUAAGGAGGAUCCUAGAAAGGUGGCUGCAAGCUUCAUUUUGGCGACUUCAGUCACAAAUAGUAUUGGCAGCGAGAAGCGAACUGCAGAGGAUAAUGCCACAGGCAUUUGUCGACUCAUUUGGGACAAAGGUGGCGGUUAUAAUAAACUGCUUUCAGAUUAAGCUUGAACGGCCGUCAUCUUUGCUCCAAAGGAGCGAGACGUGGUCGCAGUAG